AUGGCUUCUGUUCUCAUAGAUGCCGGUGCGGAAGAUGCAUCCUUGGCUCCGUUCAUUGGGGAACUAUCGCGACGUCGAGGUGAAAUUGAAGGUGUCGAGGUGGUAGAACGGGAAGGCGAUCGUGGAAGUAGUGACUGCUUCCUGCGGGCAUUCGCUCCACUAUCGGAGUUGUCCGGUUUCUCCGCUGCUGUUCGCAGUCUCUCCUCUGGUCGAGCAGACAUUGCGCUACGCUUAGCGCAUUUUAGACCUGUCUCGGCGGAACGGCAGUCGGAACUCCUUCGAAAGGCCCACUUUCGACCUAUUAGAAAUCAUGACUCCUCAGCCUAG